CCUCAUUUAAACAACUUAUCUGUCAUUAUUCAUUAUUCUCGCUCGUCCAUUUAAUAUUUAAUCGAAUCUAAAUUUUUCGAUAUAAUACAAAAAUCUAAAUAAUGGCUUUUAACUUUUCAGCAUUUUCGUAUAUAAUCGCGUUAAUUGUUGAUGCUUUCUUAAUAUUCUUCUCCCUAUUUCACGUUAUAGCCUUCGACGAACUGAAAACCGAUUAUAAAAACCCAGUGGAGCAAUGUAACAGUUUAAAUCCGCUCGUACUCCCAGAAUAUAUUCUACAUAUAGUGUUUAACGUCCUUUUUGCUGCCUCUGGAGAAUGGUUGUCACUAUUUUUCAACUUGCCUCUCAUAGCUUAUCACAUCAAUAGAUAUCGAACCAGACCGGUGAUGUCUGGUUAUGGUAUCUAUGAUCCAACAAGUAUUAUGAACGCCGAUCAGCUAACGAGAUGUCAGCGGGAAGGUUGGAUUAAGCUAGCUUUUUAUUUACUCUCCUUUUUCUAUUAUUUAUAUGGGUACGUAAUAGCAUUAGAAAGAGAGCACUUAGAACAAACUUAAAUUUUAAGCUAUACAAAUUUAUUAUUAUAAGUAACUUUAAACUCAACUAUUAAUUAGAUAGUUAAACCUGUUAAUUUUAAUAAAUUUUGAAAAUUUAUUAAUUUACUAACUUAUGGUGUUGAUUGAGGUUUUUAUUUUUUGUGAUAUGGCUGUGAGAUUUUUUAUAAAGCAAUAUUAUUUCGAUAAAAUCGGCUCUCAUGACAUUUGUUAAAUCUAAACUUAGGCAUUGCAUGUUUCUUUCAUAUCUCAUUAUAAUAUAUUCAGCGUAAAAGAGUUCAACGCCAUAAGACUAAUAAAAUUUUUAAUUCAUCAUUCAUUAGAAGUUUUUUAGAACCGAAAUCUGUAUUUUAUCUGUUUGUUGCAGAAUGAUUUACUCAUUAAUUUCGUCUUAGUGCAGUCUUGGGAAACAGAACAAACCUGAAGGUGAAAUAAGCAGCAAAAAGAUGAGUUGUUAAGGUUUCGGUUCUAAAAAUUUAUGCCUUUCAUUAUUUCAACUUAAAUUUUUAGUGAUGCAUAAGUUUUAGAACUGAUAUACCUUCAAAUAGAUUUGUUGUAUUAAUAUUUUUUUUAUGUUUUGAGUUGUGUCAGUAGUAGAAAAUUUACAUUUGAAUAUUUUGUAUAUCUAAUUUUAGAUGUUUCAGGCAUAUAAAUUUCAUUAAUUAUUAGGCUUAUUUUGU